UAGCGGAGGAGUCGGAUGAGGAAGAGAUUUGUGAACUCGAGUGUUUAGAAGAACUGUUUUCACCUUGUUCCAUGUGAUUCAAAUUGUGAGAAAGCUGCGAAAUUCGUAACGAUGGCAGCUUCAAGGAGAUGGUUCCACCCCAACAUCAGCGGCCAGCAGGCGGAGAGGCUGCUGAUGGAGAAGGGCCAGGACUGGAGUUUCUUAGCACGGCCGAGUAGUACGGAGGGAGCCUACACCUUGUCCAUCAGACGCAAUGGAGAGGUUACUCAUAUCAAAAUCCAGAACACAGGAGAUUCCUUUGAUCUGUAUGGGGGUGAGACAUUUGCCACACUGGCGGAGCUCAUCCAGUACUACAUGGACAAUCAGGAGCAGCUGAAGGAGAAGAACGGGGCUGUGAUCAAACUCAAGUACCCCAUGGCGUCUGUAGACCCAACUCCAGAGAGAUGGUUUCACGGGCAUCUCACUGGCCGGGAGGCGGAGCGGCUCCUCCUUGACAAGGGCAAGAACUCCAGCUUCUUGGUGCGAGAAAGUCAAAGUAAGCCCGGAGAUUUCGUCAUCUCAGUCAAGUGCGAAGAGCGAGUGACCCAUGUAAAGAUUAGAUGUCAGAAUGGCAAAUACGACGUGGGAGGCGGUGAGAUGUUCCCCUCAUUGUCAGAGCUUGUGGAGCACUACAAGAAGAGUCCGAUGGUGGAAACUUCUGGAACGGUCGUCUACAUCAAACAUCAACUGCAGCAGUGCGAGUUCAUUGGUAUGAAGUACUCCAGGGAGAAGGGAAGCAAGCCGGAGAACAAGGCCAAGAACCGAUACAAGAAUAUACUGCCAUAUGAUUACACCAGGGUGGUUCUUUCUGAUGGAAAUGAGGAUCUUGGAACUGAUUAUAUCAAUGCGAAUUAUAUUUCAUGGACGGAGGAUGACCAGAUGAUUGACUCCAAGCGGAAGUACAUCGCCACUCAAGGUCCGCUGACCAGCACCAUGUUGGACUUCUACCGCAUGAUCUGGCAGGAGGGGUCAAGGGUCAUCGUUAAUCUGGCUCGGAUCACAGAAAGAGGAAAGAUUCAGAUCAACAUCUACUGGCCGGUGGCCGAGGAGAAAAACGAGAAGCUGUUUGUGUUUGAGAGUCCGCCUGACGCUUACGGCAAGCGGGAUUUCAUCUGCCAGUAUCGCGUGAAGCUGCUGAACGAGGCCGGGGACCAGACCUACAUCCGCAGAGAGAUGCUGCUCAGCAAGGAGGACAGGGAUGGGAAGAUGAUGGAAGAGCCCCGCCAGCUGUUCCAGUUCCACUACACCAGCUGGCCCGACUACAACGUACCGGAUGACCCCGGCUCUAUGAUUGACCUCCUGGAGAGGAUCAACAACCAGCUGGACUCUCUGCCUAGCCCAGGCCCGAUGGUGGUUCACUGCAGUGCGGGCAUCGGCCGGACAGGCACCCUCAUUGUCACCGAUAUGAUCAUCAAUCAGAUAAAGGCCUAUGGUUUUGAUUGUGACAUUGAUAUCUUCAAGACCAUCUUGAAUGUUCGCUACCAGCGCUCGGGGUUGGUGCAGACUCAGAGCCAGUACCAGUUUGUCUAUCUGGCUGUGCAACGCUACAUGGAGAUAGAGAGACAGAGACAGCUGGCCGGACAGAACAUCGCUGGGCGAGAGUACACAAACAUCAAGUACGCCACAGGAGUGGUGGAGGCGGCAAAGAGGGCCCAGGCUGCGGGCGGGGUACCUCCCCCUGUUCCUCCACUGCCCAGUCAGGGGGCUCGUCGGCGGGAAGUCAGGCCGCCCCAGGAGGACCCUUCCAUGCAGUACCAGAACAUCAACGCAAUGGAACUUUCCUGAUCACACGACGGUCAGCGUGUACUCGCCGCACUGUCCACGUCAUUCAUCUCUCGCCAGUUCCAAGGAGAAGACAGGGUACGCACGUGUAAUUAUCCGACGGACGUGAGAGCGCAGGUUGAUUCUGUUCAGGCUGCCUGUUAUGGCCGCAGCUGUCUUGUUGUUUGUUGUUAGAGGACGGAUCAGUGAAAAUUGUUGUUCUGAUAGGAGGUUUUUGGGGAUGUGAUGAUGGAUUUGAAGGACGGUGUUGAUGUUUUGCAUUGUUAGAAUAUAGAUUUCUUUUCUUUUUUUGUUUUGUUUUGGAGUUGUUAAAAGCGCAAAGACAUUUUCUUUUGUCUUGGUUUGUAUAGUCAGUAUUGCAAUUUUGAUUUAUUGUGAAGCAGUUGAGUAUGAAAAAAUGUUCCUCAUGUACUGUGAGUUUUUGUAUUUCUUUGUUUUUUUGUUGUUGUUACAGUUGUAAAAAGUCUUGCCUCAAGAAGAUACGUCUUCAUUUAAUUAUUGGUACACAUGCACA